CGCCAUUUUGUAGGCUACACUGCAGUCCCAAUUAUCGUCUUCUCUGGUGUUUAGCACUCGGCUACAACGUAAACUACGUACGUGGUGCGGAAGUUUGCUCUUAUCACGUGGUGGCACCGAUUGAAAGAUGGAGGCAGCUCUGGAGCAGCACCUAGAGGACACGUGAGUGUGUUAAAAGCGGGAUACAGCGUUAUUAGCGACCUGCUUAGCCCUAGCCACCCUAACGUGGAGACUAUUAGCACAAUGACAUUGCUUUACAUUCAUGCAGGCAGUGACUGAGUGCAAUUAGAGCUCUUAAAACAGGUGUGUUACUGUGUGAGGCUCGGAUCUGGUUAGUUAUUGACAUACAGAAAGCAGCAUAGUACAUCCAAUCACUGCCUGCUCACCGUGUGCACAGUGUAUAUCACUUACCUGGUAGCUAUCAGUGGAGCUAUUGCAGGUCUGUUGCAGAUAGUCCCCCACCCCCUCUAUUCUCAGGUCAGCUGAUUGCUGCUGCUAAACUGAUCAGCUGACAUGAGCCAUGCAGACAAACUUCCCUUGUUCAUUUCAGUGCAGACACACACACAGACAUAUUCACUUAACACCUUAAGGACGGAGCCAAAUGUACACAUUGUGAACGAAACAAAAUGUAAACAAAACCUGGCAUUUGCGCUACAUGUCUGUCCAACCGUAAUUCACCUCUUUCAUAGUAAAUGCACCCCCCCCUAUUAUAUAUCAUUUUAUUCAGGGGAAACAGGGCUUUCAUUUAAUAUCAAAUAUUUAGCUAUGAAACUUAAUUUAAUCUAAAAAAAAUGGGAGAAAAUAUAUAUAUUUUUUUUUUUGUUCUAAAUGACAUUUUAACUGUCAAUGUCAUAACACUGUUUGCUUUUACUGCAAUAAAAUACACAUUUUUAUUCAGCAAAGCCUCACGUGUAAAACAAUACGCCCUAUGUACAGGUUUUAUGGCAUUUUGGGAAGUUAAAGGGUCAAAUAUAGCACGUUACAUUUGAAAUUGAAAUUCGCCAGAUUGGUUACGUUGCCUUUGGGACUUUAUAGUAGCCCAGGAAUGAAAUUUACACCCACAAUGGCAUACCAUUUGCAAUAGUAGACAACCCAAGGUAUUGCAAAUGGGGUAUGUCCAGUCUUUUUUAGUAGCCAUUUGGUCACAAACACUGGCCAAAGUUAGCGUUAGUAUUUGUUUGUGUGAAAGACCAGAGGGCGCACUAUUACGCCCGGUGGCGUUUAGAGCCGCCUAAAAUAGGGCGUAAUAGUACGCCCUCCGGUCUUAAGGGGUUAAUUGUUAAAAAAACAAAUGAUAACACGUUUAGGCCAACAUAGCAAGCUCUGUCUGUAGUGUGUAUGUGUGAUCAUUUUUUUUUUUUUUUUAAAUCAGCCCAUUUUCCAUACGAUUUUGUACAACAUGAGUGUGCUUCUACGGUGGUGCCUGACCUUAUUUUAUACUACCUUGGAAGCCCAUUUCCAUAAAUUGUCCCCCUCAUAUUAGUAAAAUAUUUGUAAUUAAUAUAGUUGCUGUUAUUUAAAAUAUUUUUCUCUGCCCCAGGAGUGUGUGUGUAUACACAAUGCAAAUACACACAGAUACAGAAGAAAAUACUGACACAAAUACAGACCUACAGAUGCACAGAUACAAACAUUGGCAGGCAUGCACAUACAGAUACCAUGACACCUGCACAAACAUACAGGUCAAACUUUUAGCCACCCUCCAGUUUUCUACCUUUUGGUUGCAGGUGGCUUCUGCUGGCUACUCAAUCCCAAACAGAUUUAUAUUUCUAACACAAGUUCUCCUUUAGGCAAAUUAAUAUGAAGGGGUGGGGACCUAUUGUCCAUCUCCCAGCCCCCACUCUUGAGCGGCGGGUGGGGGCCCUAAAUGAAAUUGUUACCUCCCCCAAGGUGAGUAGGCGCCCCUAUUCACCCCCCCACCCAAAUAAAAUAAACCCCUAACUAUCCUCUCACCCUAAAAAUAGUGAGGGGGAAAUAAAAGAACUAAGUACCUGUUUAAAAAAAAAAAAAAAUAAUUACCAUUUUAUGUCUUCUUUCUUCUAAAAUCUUAAUUUUUCAGCCCCCAAAAAGGCCAAAUAAAAAUACAUAAUACCCAUCGAACGUGCCCAAAAAAUAAAUAAAUAAACCAGAGCGCAAAAAAAUCGGACAAAAAAGUAAAAACCCGACUCCACAGGUUGCUCACUUUUUACUAGUAUUAGAACAUUUGGCUGAAAGACCAAUUUGUCUUUCAGCCUUUUGGCAGAUAGCUCCCUAAUACUGUGGGAAUUAGGGAGUUAUCUACUAAGCAGCUGCGGCAUGAAUAGGAUCGGAGUUUCAUUCACAGGAAUGAAAUUCCGAUACGAACAAAGUCCCGAAUUGCGUCCUAACACAAAUGGAGAAACUGUUCUCGUUCUGUUCGGACGCAAUUCGGUAGUUUUGCCGGCGUUCUGUCUAAGUGACAGGACGUGCUGGAACACGGAGGAAAGGUGAGAAUUGUGGGAAAAUAGCUCUGACCACCGGAAAUGAAGCACACUUUGCUCCUCCGCUGGUCAGGCGUAGGAAACCUCCAUAAGACAAGCAGUCCCUACUUUGUCUUAUAAAUGAAGAACAGAUCCUGAGAGAGGGAGACAAGAGGAAUCGAUUAAAGAAAGGUAAGUUUGGCAUGACAGUGCCGCUAUAGUAGGGGAACCCCACACCAGGUUACCAAAGUAGAGGAGCUAUCUACUAAACAGCUGAAAGAAUAAAGGAAGAAAAGCCAUUAUUCUUACAUUUGUUCUUUCAUUUACCUAAUGUGAUACCCUUGAUUAUGGCACUUCCAUGUAAGGAUACCAAAUUAGGGAGCUAUCUAAUAUAGAGCUGAAAAAAAAUUAAAAUAAGGGGGGAGAAGAAAAUGCCCUUUUCUUAAUUCUGAUUUUUCAGUUGCUUAACCCCUUUCAGGACCGGACUGUUUUUGCGAUGUUUGUAUGUUAAGGACACGAGCUAUUUUAACACUUUUGUGGUGUUUGUGUUUAGCUGUAAUUUUCCGAUCUCUCAUUUACUGUUCCGAUACAAAUUAUAUAUUUGUUUUUUUCAGGACAAAAAGGGCUUUCUUUACAUACUGUUAUUUUUAUCAUGUCAUAUAAUUUAAUUAAAAAAAAAAAAAAAUAUGGUGAAAAAUUAAAAAUACUUUUUUUGACUUUUACUUAAAAAAUCUUUUACUGAUCUACAAAAUCGAAUGAAACAAACUGCAAAAUAGAUUCAAAAUGUUGUCCUGAGUUUAAAAACACCCAAUGUUUUGUUUUUUUGUUGUUGUUUUUUGCUUUUAUUGUUAUAGGGCUAUAAGUAUAAGUAGGAAAUUGCAGUUUCAAAAUGUACACUUUUCAAAUGUAUCAAUAGUGACAUUGUAACACUGUUAUGUCAUAAAUCUCCAAAAAAACACCCCACAUGUAUAUAUUUUUCUUAAACUAGAUAACCCAGGGUAUUCAUCUAAGAAUAUUUUGAUACUUUCUAUGCAGCCAUUUUACCACCAGCCUUUGCCAAACUUUGCAUAGGUUUUUUAUUUUUUUUCACAUACAUUGCGAUUCAGGUAUAAAGUGUCACUACCAAACAACACCCCAAUAUGUGUUUAGCAAUAUCUCCAGAGUACAGGGAUACCCCCCAUGUAUAGGUGUGUUGGGUUGUUGGGGGGCUAAAAGGCCACAUUUGCCAGGUGCGCAUAUCAGUUUCCCAGCUUGGAAUUUUGACAUGUAGUCAACCUGCAUGCAUGUCCUAUUUGGGACAUUUUUGAAGCCGGCCAAUGUAUUUUACCCCCAUCAAACCAUAUAUUUUUGAAAAGUAGACACCCUAGGGUAUUUCACAUGGUAGUAUUUUAACACUUUUCAUGCACUAAUUCUACCACCAGGCUUUGUCAAAGAUUGAGUUAGUAAAAUGUUUUCUGUUUUUUCACACACAUUGUACUUUAGGCAUGAAUUAACAGAUCCUGUUAUGUGUCACUGCCAAACAACACCCCAUUAUGUGUUCAGCAAGAUCUCCUGAGUACAGUGAUACCACCCAUGCAUAGGCCUGUCGGGUUCUUUGGGGGCUAAAAGGCCACGUUUGUCAGGUGCGCUUAUCAGUUUCCCAACUUGGAAUUUUGACAUGUAAUCAACCUGUGCCCCUGUCCCAUUUGAGCCAAUGUAUUUUACCCCCAUCAAACCAUAUAUUUUUUAAAAGUAGACACCCUAGGGUAUUUCACAUGAUGGUAUUUUAACACUUUCCAUGCACUAACUCUACCACCAGGCUUUGUCAAACAUUGAGUUAGUCAUUUUUUGUUCUGUUUUUUUUUUCACACACAUUGUACUUUAGGCAUGAAUUAACAGAUCCUGUUAUGUGUCACUGCCAAACACCCCAAUAUGUGUUCAGCAGCAUUGUAAGAGCCCAGAAUUUUUUAAGCUCUGGGACAUGUGUGGGAUGCCAGUCAUGCUCUCUGACUGUACAGGGAGUGCAGAAUUAUUAGGCAAAUGAGUAUUUUGACCACAUCAUCCUCUUUAUGCAUGUUGUCUUACUCCAAGCUGUAUAGGCUCGAAAAGCCUACUACCAAUUAAGCAUAUUAGGUGAUGUGCAUCUCUGUAAUGAGAAGGGGUGUGGUCUAAUGACAUCAACACCCUAUAUCAGGUGUGCAUAAUUAUUAGGCAACUUCCUUUCCUUUGGCAAAAUGGGUCAAAAGAAGGACUUGACAGGCUCAGAAAAGUCAAAAUAGUGAGAUAUCUUGCAGAGGGAUGCAGCACUCUUAAAAUUGCAAAGCUUCUGAAGCGUGAUCAUCGAACAAUCAAGCGUUUCAUUCAAAAUAGUCAACAGGGUCGCAAGAAGCGUGUGGAAAAACCAAGGCGCAAAAUAACUGCCCAUGAACUGAGAAAAGUCAAGCGUGCAGCUGCCACGAUGCCACUUGCCACCAGUUUGGCUAUAUUUCAGAGCUGCAACAUCACUGGAGUGCCCAAAAGCACAAGGUGUGCAAUACUCAGAGACAUGGCCAAGGUAAGAAAGGCUGAAAGACGACCACCACUGAACAAGACACACAAGCUGAAACGCCAAGACUGGGCCAAGAAAUAUCUCAAGACUGAUUUUUCUAAGGUUUUAUGGACUGAUGAAAUGAGAGUGAGUCUUGAUGGGCCAGAUGGAUGGGCCCGUGGCUGGAUUGGUAAAGGGCAGAGAGCUCCAGUCCAACUCAGACGCCAGCAAGGUGGAGGUGGAGUACUGGUUUGGGCUGGUAUCAAAGAUGAGCUUGUGGGGCCUUUUCGGGUUGAGGAUGGAGUCAAGCUCAACUCCCAGUCCUACUGCCAGUUCCUGGAAGACACCUUCAAGCAGUGGUACAGGAAGAAGUCUGCAUCCUUCAAGAAAAACAUGAUUUUCAUGCAGGACAAGGCUCCAUCACACGCGUCCAAGUACUCCACAGCGUGGCUGGCAAGAAAGGGUAUAAAAGAAGAAAAUCUAAUGACAUGGCCUCCUUGUUCACCUGAUCUGAACCCCAUUGAGAACCUGUGGUCCAUCAUCAAACGUGAGAUUUACAAGGAGGGAAAACAGUACACCUCUCUGAACAGUGUCUGGGAGGCUGUGGUUGUUGCUGCACGCAAUGUUGAUGGUGAACAGAUCAAAACACUGACAGAAUCCAUGGAUGGCAGGCUUUUGAGUGUCCUUGCAAAGAAAGGUGGCUAUAUUGGUCACUGAUUUGUUUUUGUUUUAUUUUUGAAUGUCAGAAAUGUAUAUUUGUGAAUGUUGAGAUGUUAUAUUGGUUUCACUGGUAAUAAUAAAUAAUUGAAAUGGGUAUAUAUUUGUUUUUGUUAAGUUGCCUAAUAAUUAUGCACAGUAAUAGUCACCUGCACACACAGAUAUCCCCCUAACAUAGCUAAAACUAAAAACAAACUAAAAACUACUUCCAAAAAUAUUCAGCUUUGAUAUUACUGAGUUUUUUGGGUUCAUUGAGAACAUGGUUGUUGUUCAAUAAUAAAAUUAAUCCUCAAAAAUACAACUUGCCUAAUAAUUCUGCACUCCCUGUAUAGCUACCUGGUUUGUUAUCAAUAAAUUGGGUAGCAUACAAGUUAGUCUGGGAAGCAAUCUCCUCCCAGAUGGUAUCCCUUAAAAAUAGUUCUACAUACUGCAUUGGGGAGAAGCCAUCCACAUUAACAUUAAUGCCUGCGUUUGCACUAGAAGGGGGGCUCGGCUAACUGUGGAGGUACCCAGUCCUCCUCCACAUUUGGCGUAGCAGAGGAAGCACAGCUUCUUUCUUCAGUCGGCUCACACACAGAUGACAUGUAGUCUUGACUAGACGUGUCAGAAAACUGACCUGCGUCCAAAUCUGACGCAGUGUCAGUGGCGUCCGAGAAUGACGUCAAGAAGGCAUAUGCCUCCUGCAAGUUAUACAUACGCUACAUGUUUUACACACGACUAAAACAAAUUACAAACACACAAAUUCUUUUUUUUUUUUAUACUGACUGACUGACCAAGACAGACCAAGACACAGAUUUUUAAAACAAAUUUAACCCUUUAAGGGCAAAAAUAAAAAUAAAAAAAUACAGACCGUACAAAUGCACUGCUGUAACAGAUCUGGCAGGGAAGGGGUUAAAAAUAUUUUUUUAUUCACUUUAGAUACUGUAUAAAGCUCUGGAACACUUCUGCUGCAACAAACUAUCACAAUCUUUCUCUCUCGCCUCACAAAACGCUAAAGAGGAGAGAGGGGCAGAGAUUACUGUCAAAUUGAGUGUUUGUAACACCCACUUUGACAGCAGCCAAUUGUGAGCGAUCGCGGAUCGCUCAUACGCCGCAAUUGGCUGUUAAUAUCUGCCUGGGAUGUCUGGCAGAUAGUAACAGUGUUAUACUGGCGGGAGCGAUCUUUGAUCGCUUCCCGCAGCCCGUUUUUCGCUAUGACGGUUUAGGACCAUCAGCGGUCCAAACGCACGUUUUACCGCUGACGGUCCUGAAGUGGUUAAUAUGCAAGUCCAUCAUUUGCUAUUCUUAUGAAAACAAAUAUGUCCGAAAUUUUUUGGCUCAAUUUUAAUAGGUUUGUGUGCUGCCGAAUUCGUAAGCCUCCGAAUUCUCAUCAUCUUUUAAUCUGCUCUAAUAGUAUGAAAACAACUACUGCAGCUUCCAACUGCUUAUUUCUGUCUUUGUUGCAGAAUGAAACAUCCAUCAGUUGUUGGAAUUUUGUGCACGGAUUCACAAGGACUAAAUUUGGGGUGUAAGUGUCUGUCCUAUGAGGUCAAUUGGUUUUUAAAUGUCAAAUUGUUAAGGGAGCAGAUUUAAAUUAAUUGGCUGAUUUAGAGUAUACAUUUGAGCUUGUGCCUAUUCGGAAACGAAAACUUAUUUUAUGACCUUUAUUACCGUAAUCAUUUGUUUUUAACCCCUUAGCAAACAUUUCACAACAGUGUCAUAAAGCUAUGUUUAGGCUUUUGUACUCGCUGUAUUUAACCACCAAUAACUGUUAUCCACACCUUUUUUUUUUAAUUUUUUUUAUUAUAAUUUCAGCAAUCAUGCUUGUUUAGUAAGUAACUUUGUUGGAGUUUGCUGGAAAUUGAAUAAAGCCACCACACAAAAUACAAAGUAAAUUCAUUUUUUUUUGUAUUGGUAAAGUAAAGCUGAACUAAUAGCUUUGCUGACAUAGAUAUUUUUAUUUUUGAGUUUGGCUAUUUUGUUCAUGAAAUUUAUUUAGAAUUCUCUUAUUAAUAAAUAACCACGUGCAAAUAUCCAACAGUCAUUUCAAGUAACUCUUUCAGGUUAUUACUUUAUAUAAGUGGUGUAUACUGCAGGCUGAACAUUAGCUAGGCUCAUGCAUGAUAUGUACUAUUGCCAUCUCCUCAAGUAGAAUCUAGACAAGACUCCUGAGUAGCAGGGGUGCUAUUGAUAUAGAAAUGACCUUUGCUGAUAACAAAUUUGUUAGCAGUCCGAUUAACACUUGUAAUUCUUUAGGCAGAGGGAGCCUAUCAGAUGAGCAUGCUGGUGUGAUCUCCAUUCUUCCUCAGCAGGCAGCAAAACUUACUUUGGACCCCACAGAUGUGCCGGUUGUAUGUUUGGAAUCGGACAGCGGGUGAGGAAUUUUAACCUAUACAUUUCAAAUUCUGUAAAAACUCACACCUGCUCUUUGGUGCACAUAUUUAUGCAUUUUAAAUUGGUCCCUGAAUAUAUUUCCAUCAGUGCUUUAAAUUCAACAAAGAUUUCAAACUAGUUAGUGUUAUAUUCAUUUAGCAAUAGCAUGGUUUUGCAGAGCUAGUUUUGCUUACUACUAAUGGAGUAUUUAAGUGUUAAUAUUGUAACUGGAUUCUUAAAAGGGUUCAUUCAAAAUAUUCACUCUUGACUAUUUUGCAGCAAAUACUUACCCACGUUGGACGUUCCAUGUCAUCCUCCACAAAGUGCGCUUUAAUGCCUUUAGGCAUUUGAUUUGAGCAGGAUUAAAUAUCUGCUCACACCAGGGAUACUCCAGCACAAUAUUUUGUUUCCCCUAGGUUGAUAUAUGGGGUGCCCAAGGUGAGUGCAGUAGCUCAGCCAUAGGGCUUUAAAGGAACCACCAUCUAGCCACCCCCUUGUCUCCAUUAAUAUAGUGAAAUCUUACUUGUAUUCAAGUCUGCAGCUGCUGGCUCUGCCCCUGAACUGCUUGUCUGUUGUGAUCAUCAGAAGUGGUGGUCUGAGCCAAUCACAAUGCUUCCCCAUAGGAUUGGCUGAGACUGUCAAGGAGGCUGAUCAGAUCAGAGCACAGCCAGCACAAGUCAAACACAGCCCUGGCCAAUCAGCAUCUCCUCGUAGAGAUCAAUUGAAUCAAUGCAUCUCUAUGAGGAAAGUUCAGUGUCUGCAUGCAGAGGGUGGAGACACUGAAUGGCAGUGCUGCUUACUGUGCAGAACUACCCCAGGAAGCACCCGUCUAGCAGCCAUCUGAGGAGUAGCCAGUGAAGGUAUCCCUAGGCUGUAAUGUAAACACUGCAAGAGACAAUGUUUACAGCAAAAAGCCUGAAGGGAGUGGUUCUACUCACCAGAACAAAUGCAAUAAGCUGUAGUUGUUCUGGUGACUGUAGUGUCCCUGUAAGUUAGCUCAAAUUCAAUUUUUUUUUCUAUGUGUUCCACCAUAAUUCAAAGGGAUCCUAUAGUGCCAGAAAAACAAAACCAUUUUCCUGGCACUACAGAUUGCUAAGGAGCCUCCCUCCCUCCCACGGAGCUGAAGAGGUCAAAACCCCUUCAGUCACUUACCUGAAUUCAGCGCCAGUGUCCAUCAGUGCUGAGUCAGUUUCCGCUCACACUCCUCCCCAAUGGCCGUGCUCGCCACUAGGGGAAGACAGAGCUGCAACGUUUUACAUUGCAGCACUAGGUGCAAAAACCUAGACUAUUUCAAUGAGCUGAAGUGGUCUGGGUGCCUACAGUGGCAGAUUUUUAUUUUGAAAACAAAAUCAUUGUUUAGUAGAUUUACUCCCAAUGAAUACAUGCAUGUAUUUAUUGGGGGUAUACCAGGAAAAAAAGCUUUUACCUGAGAAGCCUCUGUGCAAUCGUAAGUGCUCACGCCAUCUCUUGCAUGUCUGAUCUGAUGUAUGUGGAGACACUGGCUUGUCUGAAGACGCUGGUCACACCUCCCUGGCUGUUCCAGAAUUUAUUUCUAAAAAUGCACAGUCCUUGUAGAAAUAAACACUUUUCUAAUUUGGGGUUAAAAUUUGAGUAGUAAAGAAAGAAAAAGUAUGAGCCCACUGUCUUAAUUACAAGUUUAAAGUUUGCCUCUUAAGGGGUUAAAUGAUAGCCACCUUUCAAAUAUGGUAAUUCAUAUUCUCCCACUUGUCUGUUGGGGUUAAAUACACAAUAGGUAACUAUGUGAACACUGCACUACAACGCCUGGACAAGAUAUUUACCAGUUUGUGGGAGAAACCGCACCAGCGCCUGAUACAACCUCCACUAUCACCUACUUAUGUGACAAAGGUGGGGGGGCGAGCUGCCUUGGGCACACCACGCACCCAAGCCACGGCUGCUCUGGCUGACUGGACAAUGGACGCCCGGCGUACUCCUCCUCCACAUCGCAAGAAGACCGCCCUCAGCUGGCGGUGACAAACCACCGCGGUCUUCCGUAUCACCCGAAGAGGGACGGACACCAGAGUCUGUGGGGAGAAGAUGCCGACCUGCCACAAGGCCCGGAAUUGGGAAGUGGCCUCUGCAAACCCAUGCUGCAUCUUCGCCCUAAAGGACCCCAAAAUGCCUGCCAUCACAUUGCCCAGCAUGGGAUUAGGCUGACUGUGGACAUUAAACCCUGCCGGCUGAACCACACGGUACUUUUAGAGAGCACUACACCACAGGGACGAGGUGCACUUUCACACUCCCAAACUAUUAAUCCAAGUCUUUGCAUGGACUCUGCCCCAAUCACCCAUUGGUUCCCCAUGCCUAGCACAGAUCCGAACAAUCAACAGUGGAUGUUUUGUUUGGGGAAUUGGCAUGUUACAGAACUCCUAUCUUACAGGGCAAUCACGACAGGGAGUGUGGGGUAACGGUGGCCUAACCACAAUGCUUAAAUGUUUUCCUGAUCUGUCUAAUAUGCAAUCAGAUUGUUUAUUCUUGUCUUUAAAUGAUCACUAUAGGGUCAGGAACACAAACAUGUAUUCCUGACCCUAUAGUGUUAAAACCACCAUCAGGCCCCCUUGGGCCCCUCAUGCCUCCAUAAAUAUAGUGCAAAUCUUACUGUAUUCAAGCCUGAAGCUGUAGCUCUGCAUGCUGUAUGAUUCCGAAAAACAAGCUGUGUGCUGACAUAAUCAGAAGUGGUAGCCUGAUCCAAUUACAAUGCUUCCCCAUAGGAUUGGCUGAGACUGACAAGGAGGCAGAUCAGGGGCAGAGCCAGCAUGAUUCAAACACAGCCCUGGCCAAUCAGCAUCUCCUCAUGAGAUGAAUUGAAUCAAUGAAUCUCUAUGAGGAAAGUUCAGUGUCUGCAUGCAGAGGGUGGAGACACUAAAUGUGUGGAUGUAUUUUAGGCAGCCAUGACCCAGGAAGGAUCUCUAAAAGCUAUCUGAGGAGUGGCCAGUGAAGUUAUCACUAGGCUGUAAUGUGAACACUGCAUUUUCUCUGAAAAGACAGUGUUUACAGCAAAAAGCCUGAAGUGAAUGAUUCUACUCACCAGAACAAAUUCAAUAAGCUGUAGUUGUUCUGGUGACGAUAGUGUCCCUUUAAUAUUCGCCUAGUUAAUCAAAUGUUAUGCUCACCAUUUUACUAGUCUGCCUGGCAUAUAAUACACCUGUUUAUUCCUGUGUUCAUAACACGCAUAGUCAGUUGGUAUAGCCUGCUCUUUACCACAUGUCGUUUUGUCUCCCCACUGACUAAAUCUCCUUCUAAUGAUUAUAUCAUAGAAAAAUGUACAGUUUAUUUGAAAGCCAUGUCAAUGUUUCUCUUGUCUGACUAUAAUAUGCUUAUGAUUGCGGUUUGGCUCGGCAAGCUUGUUGUUACUCCAUGCACGACAAAAAUAGUGACAACAACAACAAAAAAAGGGUUGCAGAUCUGUCUAGAUAUUUUGAGAAAUGUAUAAACCAGACACAUUAGUAUUCAACACAAUUUUUUACAUUUCUGUUUAAUAGAUGAAGGGAAGUACGUAAACAAAAUGCAGUACACUGGCAUUUUUAUUCCCUGACAGUAGGGGAGAUAAAGUGCAUUUAAAAAUGCAAAUCAUGUCCUUCCCCACCCCGAUCGGUUCAUAUAACAAAGAUAUCCUAGCGGUCCCCUUCUCUUUAAGUGCUUUGGGAAAUACUUGCUAAUCUGUCAAACUGAGUGAAACUGUGCCAUGCAGUUACAAAUAUUUAAUUCACUAGUUGUUUCCAUUAACAUAUACAAAUGGAUUUCAUGCUGCCACUUAUGAAAUUAACUCUGAUUUUCAAAUUGUAUACCAAAGUAGCCAACAUUAAAACAAGGCCGACUUGGAUUUUUUUUUUAGUUUGGCUACUUUGUCACACUUUGAAAUUCACACUAUGGGUGGAACAAGAAGUUUACAGUUUGUAUUGGAUUUUUGAUACUGCAGCCUGACAUUCACAGCAAAUGCAACCAACCCUUUAAAAUGUUGUUAAAUUAUUCCUGUUUUUGACUUUUUUCCCUUUUUUAAUCUUGCAGAACCAUCAUGAUUCAAAAACAUGACCACUUGACUGUUGCAGUUCACAAAAUGUCAUCUUAACGGCUUCUUUUUGUGGAGCAGAAGAGAAGUUUUAAUACUUGUUUUAUUUCAUAUUUUUUGUAAUGGCCCAUUUUGGUGAACUGGAUUUUGUGCAAUUGAGUUUCAAUGUCACUGUCAUGUUGCCUUUUGGAAACACUUCCUUUAUCAAAGGAGAGAAGUGCUGAUUCACACAUUAUGGAUUUAACAUUAGAAGUGGUAAAUUAAUCUGGUAUACAUAUAUUUUCCAUAAGUAUUCAUGACUCCUUUACAAGGCUUGUGAUUUACACAAUAAACUAACUUACUGAAAACGUCACUGUUUGAGUACUUAAUUGGAUUGGUAAAUAGACUGUGCACGCGGCCUAAGGCGCCACUAUGCCAGGUAGCACUUGCUAUGGGGAUAAGAAAAUGUAUAGAUACUUUUAAAGGGACCCUAUAAUCGCCAAAACAACUUUAGCUUAAUGAAGCAAUUUUAGUAUAGAGAUAACCACUAUCCCCCUGAAGUCUCACUGGUCAAUAUUUGCCGCUUCUGAGUUACCGUAAAUCACAUUUGAUUUUGUCUAUGUAGCCCUAGGCACAACUAGCCUGCAUGAAAAAAGUGGUUUCUUUUUCAAUCAGAUAUUAACUAGCUUAUUCUUAAUUGUAUCUCCUGCUCUGAAAAUUGAACUUUACACACAUAGGAGGCUCCUGCAAGGCCUAGCAAUCUAUUAACAGUGCAGGAGGUAAGAAAUUAAACAGAAUUUGAAAUAAAAGGAAGUGUAAACAUUAGCUCACACUUUUCAGGAAGUGUUCAGAAAGGCUGCGCAAGUCACAUGCAGGGAGGUGUAACAAGGGCUGUAGAAACAGUGAUUUA